GGUCAAAAAAUGCCGUCCUGUGUUAAAGCGAAAACCGAGCAUUCAGUGCUGUAGAGACACUUUCUCGGCAACGCCAAGGGCAAAGUGGCCUGUUCCUUCUAUAAGGGUCUCAGUUGGUUAGGCUACGGUGCAGUUGGAUCUAGCGACCUCUUACACCCAAGGCUACAGCACCAAAAUGAAGGUUCUGGUCGUGCUCCUGGCUUGCGUCAUUCUUACGGCUUCAGCUGGACAUCUGGAGCUAUGCGGCUACACCAUGGGACAGCUGUCCACAGUGACAGCCUGCAUUGAACUGAGGGCCUCUAUUGGGCUUAAGCUGAGGCUGACCCAACUAAGAAUUCAGCUCAACUGCCUGGCUGACCCGUGCAUGAUCCGCAAGCUGUGUGCAAAGGGAGAGCUGAUGGACGUCCUUCCGCAGUACCUCUCGGACCAAGAAAUCGUUGAGCUUCAUGACGUCGCCGAAGUGUGCAGACCAUGAUUUCUGCAAGAGGAAACAUGCAGUGUUGCGCGAGUUGAGGAGAGUGUGACUUGAAUAAAAACCAUCGGCACACUCAAUCACGUGUG